UUUCGUAACAUCUUUGGAUCUGAAAACAAGUUUGUGUUUAUAAUGCAUGUCAAACGUGAUUGCAGGGCUUUAUUGUUAUUGCAAAGUUAUCGAAAUAGGAAUGACUGUUGGUGAAUAUGUGAUAGAUUUGUGUAUGAUAAUGUGAAACUUUACACACAGACGUAAAUCAUGCGUUGUAUUCCAAUUAAUGGCCAGGUGGUUGUUCUUAUCUUGCUGUCACUCUUGCUGAAAGGUGUAAAGCAGUCGCAGACAGAUGAAGACGUGGCCAAAGACAAAACUCCUCAGGCACCAGAAAAGAAGGCAGAAGAUUGUCCAUCCAAUGUUGAGUGUACAAAAUUAGGUGGAGCUUGUAUUGACUGUGAACCAUUUGACUAUAAUUCCUGUAUUUAUGGAGAGAAAGUGAAUGUUACCUGCAGGCCAAAAGAAAAUGUUGACUGCAUCAGUAAUAAUGCUGGCAACAAAAGCUUUGAGCGUACAAUGGUGUGCCAAUUUUGUUACCAGACAGAGCCCUGGGAGCAUAAGUGUACAUAUAAAGCCAACUGCAAAUCAGUUGGGUCACCUAGAUUUAAAUCAUACUACAGGACCAACUGCUCAGUAAAUAGUGAUAUAAUAUGUUUUGGGAACAGAAACUUUGAGAAGAAUGUCCCAUGUAACUGGACAGGAGGAUAUCGAUGGUCCACUGCUCUUCUGCUGAGCAUAACAUUGGGAGGAUUUGGAGCAGACAGGUUUUAUCUUGGUCAUUGGCAGGAAGGCAUUGGUAAAUUGUUCAGUUUUGGAGGACUUGGAGUAUGGACAUUGAUUGAUGUGAUUCUAAUAUCAUUACAUUACUUAGGUCCAGAUGAUGGUUCUCUCUAUAUAUAACACUUGCAGAUUGUAAUGCUGUCGGUGUUUGGAUGAAGAAUGCAUAUUCAGGGAAUACAGUAUGCAGGCGGACCUAGAAGUUUCAUCAGGCUACAUUGUGAAGAAUUUAUUGAAACAGUAUUUUAAUACAAAACAAUGAUUUAUUUGUACUUGUUGUAUUUUUCCAUAACAAAUAAAUAUAAAAAUUUUGCCUCUUU